GCCGGUCAUUCUGCCCAGUGGGACUUCAGCUGCCCCUGGACACUUCACUUGUAGGCUGCGACCUGUUGCCAGGAAGGAGAGGGCCGGUGAAGGAGCCGCAGCAGCCGUGGCGGGGUGUGGGGGACGGUGGACGGCCAGGGCUUCCCCCCGCCCUCUCUCGCUUGGUUUCUGUAAUGAGGAAGUUCUCCGCCGCUCAGUUUCCUUUCCCUCGCUGAGUGCCUGAAACAGGAAGUCAGUCAGUUAAGCUGGUGGCAGCAGCCGAGGCCACCAAGAGGCAACAGGCGGCAGGUUACAGCAGAGGGGCCUCCGCUCCCCUCGGUGGCGUGUGGGUCCUGGGGGUGCCCGCUGGCCCGGCCGAGGAGGCCCACGCCCACCAUGGUCCCCUGCUGGAACCACGGCAAUAUCACCCGCUCCAAGGCGGAGGAGCUGCUCUCCAGGACGGGCAAGGAUGGGAGCUUCCUCGUGCGCGCCAGCGAGUCCAUCUCCCGGGCAUACGCGCUCUGCGUGCUGUAUCAGAAUUGCGUUUACACUUACAGAAUUCUGCCCAAUGAAGAUGAUAAAUUCACUGUUCAGGCAUCCGAAGGCGUCCCCAUGAGGUUCUUUACCAAACUGGACCAGCUCAUCGAGUUUUACAAGAAGGAAAACAUGGGGCUGGUGACCCAUCUGCAAUACCCUGUGCCGCUGGAGGAAGAGGACACAGGCGACGACCCUGAGGAGGACACAGAAAGUAUCGUGUCUCCCCCCGAGCUGCCCCCGAGAAACAUCCCUCCGUCUGCUGGCUCCUGUGAGGCCAAGGAGGUUCCUCUUUCAAACGAGAAUCCCCGAGCGACCGAGACCAGCCGGCCGAGCCUCUCCGAAACGUUGUUCCAGCGACUGCAAAGCAUGGACACCAGUGGGAGCCGAGUCACCUCAUCACUACGGCGGCGGCAGCUUCCCCAACUUGCCUUCUUCUCAGAAUCCUUGACGUUCACCUUGUCCCCCGCCCCCAGAGAAGUCGUCCGGACCCUCCCAUCCCUGGAGUCUCUGCAGAGGUUAUUUGACCAGCAGCUCUCCCCGGGCCUCCGUCCACGUCCUCAGGUUCCUGGUGAGGCCAAUCCCAUCAACAUGGUGUCCAAGCUCAGCCAACUGACAAGCCUGUUGUCCUCUAUUGAAGACAAGGUCAAGGCCUUGCUGCACGAGGGUCCUGAGUCCCCCCACCGGCGUUCCCUUAUCCCUCCAGUCACCUUUGAGGUGAAGGCAGAGUCUCUGGGGAUUCCUCAGAAAAUGCAGCUCAAAGUCGACGUUGAGUCUGGGAAACUGAUCAUUAAGAAGUCCAAGGAUGGUUCUGAGGACAAGUUCUACAGCCACAAGAAAAUCCUGCAGCUCAUUAAGUCACAGAAAUUUCUGAAUAAGUUGGUGAUCUUGGUGGAAACAGAGAAGGAGAAGAUCCUGCGGAAGGAAUAUGUUUUUGCUGACUCCAAAAAGAGAGAGGGCUUCUGCCAGCUACUGCAGCAGAUGAAGAACAAGCACUCAGAGCAGCCGGAGCCCGACAUGAUCACCAUCUUCAUCGGCACCUGGAACAUGGGUAACGCCCCCCCUCCCAAGAAGAUCACGUCCUGGUUUCUCUCCAAGGGGCAGGGAAAGACACGGGACGACUCUGCCGACUACAUCCCCCAUGACAUUUACGUGAUCGGCACCCAGGAAGACCCCCUGAGUGAGAAGGAGUGGCUGGAGAUCCUCAAACACUCCCUGCAAGAAAUCACCAGCGUGACGUUUAAAACAGUCGCCAUCCACACGCUCUGGAACAUCCGCAUCGUGGUGCUGGCCAAGCCUGAGCACGAGAACCGGAUCAGCCACAUCUGUACUAACAACGUGAAGACAGGCAUCGCAAACACACUGGGGAACAAGGGAGCCGUGGGGGUGUCGUUCAUGUUCAAUGGAACCUCCUUAGGGUUCGUCAACAGCCACUUGACUUCAGGAAGUGAAAAGAAACUCAGGCGAAACCAAAACUAUAUGAGCAUUCUCCGGUUCCUGGCCCUGGGCGACAAGAAGCUGAGUCCCUUUAACAUCACUCACCGCUUCACGCACCUCUUCUGGUUUGGGGAUCUUAACUACCGUGUGGAUCUGCCUACCUGGGAGGCAGAAACCAUCAUCCAGAAAAUCAAGCAGCAGCAGUACGCAGACCUCCUGUCCCACGACCAGCUGCUCACGGAGAGGAGAGAGCAGAAGGUCUUCCUGCACUUCGAGGAGGAAGAAAUCACGUUUGCCCCGACCUACCGUUUUGAAAGACUGACUCGGGACAAAUACGCCUACACCAAGCAGAAAGCGACAGGGAUGAAGUACAACUUGCCUUCCUGGUGCGACCGAGUCCUCUGGAAGUCUUAUCCCCUGGUGCACGUGGUGUGUCAGUCUUAUGGCAGUACCAGCGACAUCAUGACCAGUGACCACAGCCCUGUCUUUGCCACGUUUGAGGCAGGAGUCACUUCCCAGUUUGUCUCCAAGAACGGUCCUGGGACUGUCGACAGCCAAGGACAGAUUGAGUUUCUCAGGUGCUACGCCACAUUGAAGACCAAGUCCCAGACCAAAUUCUACCUGGAGUUCCACUCGAGCUGCUUGGAGAGUUUCGUCAAGAGUCAGGAAGGAGAAAAUGAAGAAGGAAGUGAGGGGGAGCUGGUGGUGAAGUUUGGUGAGACCCUUCCAAAGCUGAAGCCCAUUAUCUCUGACCCUGAGUACCUGCUAGACCAGCACAUCCUCAUCAGCAUCAAGUCCUCUGACAGCGACGAAUCCUAUGGUGAGGGCUGCAUUGCCCUUCGGUUAGAGGCCACAGAAACGCAGCUGCCCAUCUACACGCCUCUCACCCACCAUGGGGAGUUGACAGGCCACUUCCAGGGGGAGAUCAAGCUGCAGACCUCUCAGGGCAAGACAAGGGAGAAGCUCUAUGACUUUGUGAAGACAGAGCGUGAUGAGUCCAGUGGGCCAAAGACCCUGAAAAGCCUCACCAGCCACGACCCCAUGAAGCAGUGGGAAGCCACCAGCAGGGCCCCUCCAUGCAGUGGCUCCAGCAUCACUGAAAUCCUCAACCCCAACUACAUGGGAGUGGGGCCCUUUGGGCCACCAGUGCCCCUGCACGUGAAGCAGACCUUGUCCCCUGACCAGCAGCCCACAGCCUGGAGCUAUGACCAGCCACCCAAGGACUCCCCGCUGGGGCCCUGCAGGGGAGAAAGUCCUACGACACCUCCCUGCCAGCCACCCAUAUCACCCAAGAAGUUUUUACCCUCGACAGCAAACCGGGGUCUCCCCCCAAGGACACAGGAGUCAAGGCCCAGUGACCUGGGGAAGAACGCAGGAGACACGCUGCCUCAGGAGGACCUGCCGCUGACAAAGCCCGAGAUGUUUGAAAACCCCCUGUACGGGUCCGUGAGUUCCUUCCCUAAGCCUGCUCCCAGGAAGGACCAGGAAUCCCCGAAAAUGCUGCGGAAGGAGCCCCCUCCCUGCCCGGAACCCGGCAUCUUGUCACCCAGCAUCGUGCUCACCAAAGCCCAGGAGGCUGAUCGCGGCGAGGGGCCGGGCAAGCAGGCCCCCGCGCCCCGGCUGCGCUCCUUCACCUGCUCGUCCUCUGCCGAGGGCAGGGCAGCGGGCGGGGACAAGAGCCAAGGGAAGCCGAAGACGGCCAUCAGCUCCCAGGCCCCAGUGCCAGUCAAGAGGCCCAUCAAGCCUUCCAGGUCGGAAAUGAACCAGCAGACCCAGCCCACCCCGACGCCGCGGCCGCCGCUGCCAGUCAAGAGCCCGGCGGUCCUGCACCUCCAGCACUCCAAGAGCCGCGACUACCGCGACAACAGCGAGCUCCCGCACCACGGCAAGCACCGGCUGGAGGAGGGGCCACCGGGGCCUCUAAGCAGGACUGCCAUGCAGUGAAGCCCUCAGUGAGCUGCCAGUGAGUCGGGAGCCCAGAGGAAGAGCGCGAAGCCACUGGACCCUCUGCCAGGACCUCCUGCUGGCUCCUCCUGCCCAGCUUCCUAUGCAAGGCUUUGUGUUUUCAGGAAAGAGCCUAGCUUCUCUGUGGCCCAGGGAGUUCACUGCCUAUGAGACUUGGCACCAAGUGCUGAAGCUGGAAGAAAAACGCACACCAGACAGGCAACAAAUAGUCUGGGUCUCCAGCUCGCUCUUGGUACUUGGGACCCCAGUGCCUUGUUAAAGGCGCCAUUCUGAAGAAAGGAACUGCAGCGCCGAUUCGAGGGUGGAGAUAUAAAUAAUAAUAAUAAUGUUAAUAAUAAUAAUGACCACGUGAAUCGAACACUCACGAUGUGCCAAGUGCUGUGCUAAGUGCUUUACGAACAUUCAUCACAUCAGGAUGACCUCAAGAGCUGAGGCUCUAGCCACCUAAAACCACGUGCCCAAACCCACCAGUUCAAAAUGGUGUGUGUUCGGAGGGGUGAAAGCAUUAAGAAGCCCAGUGCCCUCCUGGAGUGAGACAAGGGCUUAGCCUUAAGGAGCUGAAGAGUCUGGGUAGCUUGUUUAGGGUACAAGAAGCCUGUUCUGUCCAGCUUCAGUGACACAAGCUGCUUUAGCUAAAGCCCGGGGGUCCCGGCAUCGCUGAGCUGAGAGCAGGGAUCUACCUGGCUUCUCAGUUCUUUAGUUGGAAGGAGCAGGAAAUCAGCUCCUACUCUCCAGUGGAGAGAUCUGGCCUCAGCCUGGGCUGGAGAUGCCAAGGACUGUGCCAGGUUCCCUGUGCCCUCCUCGAGGUGGGCAGCCAUCACCAGCCACAGUUAAGCCAAGCCCCCCAACACGUAUUCCAUCAUGCAGAUAGAAGAGUCUUUGCUGUUGCUCCCGAAAGCCGUGCUCUCCAGCCUGGCUGCCAGGGAGGGUGGGCCUCUUGAUUCCAGGCUCUUGAAAUAGUGCAGCCUUUUCUUCCUAUCUCUGUGUCUUUCAGCUCUGCUUCAUUGGUUAUUAGGAGAAUAGAUGGGUGAUGUCUUUCCUUAUGUUGCUUUUUCAACAUAGCAGAAUUAAUGUAGGGAGCUAAAUGCAGCGGUAUGUGUGAACGCAGAAGGGUAUGUGUCCCACAUUCCCGUGGUGGAAGUCUGCAUGACCAAUAAAUUGUGCCUUUCUCACUCA